GCGGCCGAUCAGAGGAGCAGGAACUGGAUCCCUGGCCGAGUCCUAAAAAAGCCAGAUCUGGACGGUGGCUGCGGAACGGUUGUAAGUGGAAGAUGGAAGAGCCGGAGGAACCGGAGGAUAGUGGGCAGUCGCUGGUCCCGGUUUAUAUCUAUAGUCCCGAGUAUGUCAGUAUGUGUGACUCCCUGGCCAAGAUCCCCAAACGGGCCAGUAUGGUACAUUCUUUGAUUGAAGCAUACGCACUGCAUAAGCAAAUGAGGGUAGUUAAGCCCAAAGUGGCCUCCAUGGAGGAGAUGGCCACCUUCCACACUGAUGCUUAUCUGCAGCAUCUCCAGAAGGUCAGCCAAGAGGGCGAUGAUGAUCAUCCGGACUCCAUAGAAUAUGGGCUAGGUUAUGACUGCCCAGCCACUGAAGGGAUAUUUGACUAUGCAGCAGCUGUAGGAGGAGCUACGAUCACAGCUGCCCAGUGCCUGAUUGAUGGAAUGUCCAAAGUAGCAAUUAACUGGUCUGGAGGGUGGCAUCAUGCAAAGAACAACUUGUUUUCUUACAGAGAUGAAGCAUCUGGUUUUUGUUAUCUCAAUGAUGCUGUCCUGGGAAUAUUACGAUUGCGACGGAAAUUUGAGCGUAUUCUCUACGUGGAUUUGGAUCUGCACCAUGGAGAUGGUGUAGAAGACGCCUUCAGUUUCACCUCCAAAGUCAUGACUGUGUCCUUGCACAAAUUCUCCCCGGGAUUUUUCCCAGGAACAGGUGAUGUGUCUGAUGUUGGCCUGGGGAAGGGACGGUACUACAGUGUAAAUGUGCCCAUUCAGGAUGGCAUACAAGAUGAAAAAUAUUACCAGAUCUGUGAAAGUGUACUAAAGGAAGUAUACCAAGCCUUUAAUCCCAAAGCAGUGGUCUUACAGCUGGGAGCUGACACAAUAGCUGGGGAUCCCAUGUGCUCCUUUAACAUGACUCCAGUGGGAAUUGGCAAGUGUCUUAAGUACGUCCUUCAAUGGCAAUUGGCAACACUCAUUUUGGGAGGAGGAGGCUAUAACCUUGCCAACACGGCUCGAUGCUGGACAUACUUGACCGGGGUCAUCCUAGGGAAAACACUAUCCUCUGAGAUCCCAGAUCAUGAGGUUCUUUUCCUGUGUUCUGAGUUCUCUCUGGAGUACAGAUCGUAGUUGGAAGGAGAGAAGGAGAGAAGCAUGAAUGAUCUCCAGAUCCUCUGAAAGAUGUGAAGUCUUUCAGGUGGUUUCUGGCGUAUUCUUCCUCCAUCUGAAAGCAGCCCAAUAGGGCACUUCUGUAGCUAAUGCCUUAACUCCAAGAAGUGACUAAUAAUGAGACAUUUGUGCCACCUGGUAAGCUGGCAGGGGUGAAUGGUUAGGGCAAGUGUAAUAUUCAGUGCCUGCAACAUCAUAAGGAUGUCUGUCUGUGUAGAGUUGGUGCCUGCUGUUGUGGCACCAUGAAGGGUCUAGCAAGAAUUGCUAUCUAUAGAUUUGACCUAAGAGAUGCACCACUUUUACUACAUUCAAAGUAAGCAGACCUUUAUUAAGCACUUACUAUGUGCAAAGCCUUGUUAGGUUUCUAUGAAGUUCUCUGUAAUGUAUUAAUAGAUGUCUUUUUCAAAGUGGUCUGGGAAUUUCAGCAGUCAUUUACUGACUACUGCUAUAUGCAGGUGUUGUGCUGGGGAUACCAAUAUGAAUCAGAGGUGUGCCCUGAUUUAUGGAGCUCAGAGUAAAGUGUGAGAAAUAAAAAAAUUACAGUACAGUGUGAGAGUAGAGGUUCCUUGCAAAGAGCUUUGCGAAUGUAUAGAGGAGAAUGAUUAAUUUGCUCAGGAGGUGUCAAAAGGGUUCACAAAGGAGAUGAUAUUUGAGCUGUUAUUUAAAGAGAGGGUAGGAUUUCACCAGGCAGACAGGAAAGGGGGAAGAGAAUUCCAAGCAGAGGGAACAGUGUGUGCAAAAGCUCAUUAAAGCAUUUAGAGAGUUCUUUUUACCAUCACUUGAGAGGGCAAAUAUAAGUUGUACUAAUGUUGAGUUUGGAUUUUUUCCUCAUGAUUACAUUGCCAUUUUUAAACACAGGACAUGGCAUUUUAAAGCAAUGACAAGAAAAGGCCUGAUACAUUUGAAAGCUCUUCUUAUUAAGCUGUGAUGCUUUAUCCAGUGCCUUGCACAUAUAGCAGGCCCUCAAUAAAUGCUUGCUGAAUGAUGAGUUCCCUAUCUCUUUCCAUUUAUAAAUUACUGCUCUGUCAAGGAUCAGCUUACAAAGCAAAACUUCUGCCUGUGAGUUAGGAAUGGGUAUUCACAGUUCUGCUCUCUGUCACUCCAGCUUCCUCUACUCUUGUGAAGAGUGAUUUCUGCCAGUGGGCCUUAACUGUGUUUCUGAGAAGUGGGGAAAACUACUCUUGCUUUGAGUCCUCAGUAACACAGAUUCCUACAUGGAGGGCCUCUAUAUCAUUGAAAUCCAAAUAAGUGCCAUUUAAACAGGAUAGUCCUCAUGUCGAUGACAUAGGAGUUGAUGUCCAAGGAACUUUAGUGAUACUGGCUAAUACAGGCACAUCUCACAUUUUAAAUUUUAUAGUAUAGUCUAAAUACGAUUGAUCAAACACUUUCCAUGGCAGUAAUAAAGAUAUGAGAUGUCUGUGCUGAACAGCCUUGACAGCGAAAUAUGGUACUGCCUGUUCUGUUUUUUAAGGAAGAGAAGAUAAACUUUUAUUAUUUUUAUAAAUUAUGCAAUAACCUUUAGGGUAGCAAUGAAUUUUUGCCUUGAAAAUCACCAGGGAAUAGAUGACAGAAAAUGUAGUUAGACAUAAACCAUUUGCAAAUUAUAGGCAAGUACACUUGUAACCCUUUUACUGGGUAUCUGGAUCCAGUCUUUGGGAAAAUUUCCAUUAGGGAAUCUUGUUUCAUUGUGACUCUAAAACGUAUCAGAAAUAUACUUCUUCAGUUCCAAACCUUGGCACCUAAGUGACUAGCUCUUUCAGGCCUAAUCUCUAUAGCUACACUUUUCUAGUGGCCACAGUACCAGGCCACAGAAUGUAAUGUCUUUCAUCCUCUGAGCUACACUAGGAAUUUAUCAUUCCACAAAUAGUCAUUGAGUGCUUCCUUGAGCCAAGCACAAUGCUAGGUACACUGUGCUUGAAGUAAAUAAAACAGCUAUACACUAUAGGGUGACUAUAAUUAACUAUAAUUUAUUAUGUAUUUUCAAAUAGCUAGAAAAGUGAUUUUGAAUGUUCGCAACACCAAGAAAUAUAAUAAAUGUUUGAUGUGAUG